UUGCGUGUCAUACUUUAUAGAGAAAUUGCUGCCAGCAAGACAUACUUCUGACUGCAGAUUUUUUUUCAGAUUUACAGACCCUGUCUGCAGAUAUUUGAAAUUUUUACCUGGCAUCUCUGGGAAUCAGUUCGUGUUGGUUGCUGAUGCGAGUGGAUGAAGUGUUUUGUUAAGGUUGCGGAAUAUUCACUUUAAAACAACAAAAUGAGCUCUAUACAAUGCCAAUUGUGGAUGGGGAGUCUGGAGUCCUACAUGACGGAAAAUUUUAUAAUUGCUGCUUUUAGGAAACUCGGAGAGGAUCCACAAACCGUCAAAUUAAUGCGAAACAAAUAUACCGGAGAACCUGCAGGAUACUGUUUUGUAAGUUUCAAAACCGACGAAGCUGCUAUAGAUGCAAUGCAUAAACUGAAUGGUAAACCGAUUCCGGGCACUAAUCCGUUAGUGCGUUUCCGAUUGAACAGUGCCACUAACAAUCAGAACAAAGCACUACUUGCUGAUCGAGAAUUUAGCGUUUGGGUAGGAGAUCUUAGCUCUGAUGUAGACGACUACAGUCUGUAUCGAGUGUUUUCAGCCAAGUACACAUCAAUCAAAACAGCGAAAGUCAUUCUGGAUAGUUCAGGAUUUUCGAAAGGAUAUGGAUUCGUAAAAUUUGGAUUAGAGGACGAACAGAAAAACGCUCUGUAUGAAAUGAACGGAUUUAUCGGUUUGGGAAGCAAACCCUUGAAAAUUUGCAACGCAGUCCCUAAACCGAAAUCAGAGCUAAUGGGUGCAACAGGAACGGGAUCAACAACCACAACUAGCACACCCAGUCUAGUAGGAUACGGAACGGGCACUGACUAUUCUCAAUACUAUGAUCCAUCGUCUUACUGGCAGAAUUACAGUGCUUGGCAGGGAUAUUACGAUGCUUCCACUUCAACAGAUGCUUAUCCGGCUUAUCAGAUGCAAACAACUGCAACUCAAGCAGCAGCUGAAGCUUCGGUGGCUUAUGCGCAACAACAAGCAUAUGAGCAUCAACAUCAUCAUCAUCACACUCAAGUCGAAGACGAAGAACUGACACUGGUGGAUCACAAAUUUACGCUGGAUGUGGAUAAACUGAACCGUGAACUGAUGGAACGGGAUCGUAAUCUCUAUGAUGCACUAGAAAGUUCGAAGUGGAUGCCAGUGGAGCAGUUAGAAAUAUUUUAAAUAAUAACCAAACAAAAUAUAUAAAUAUUAACUGAGUUCAAACGAAAAACUAAUUAUUUAU